AUGUCCAACAAUCCAUGGAGCUCAACCAAGCAACAGAUUCCCCACCAGCUGGAGGUAUCUGCUGAUCAGACACCCAAACUCAAUCUCUCCAGCUUUCCCCUUCCAAACAAAGGCAGUGGUCAGAAGCAUGGCAAAGAUUGGAAGGCCUUUUUUGCCCAUAGGCUAGCACAAAAUAAGAAAAAGAAGGAGCGAGAGACUCCCUCUGCACAGCAGGCUCAGAUAGAGAACGUCUGGGGAGACUAUAAUAACACCACCAGGGUAUUUGAUUCCUUUUCAAACCAGUGGGACUUGUAUCUGGCCAUCAAUCCAAACAGUAUUCCCGAUGGUGAUGAUCGAGAGGACGAUGACGACAUCAUGCCUCCAAUGCUUCUCACUAUUGCUCCCCCGCCACCACCACCAUCAUACUCGAGCUUCCUGAAUGACAUUCGCAGUUAUUUCAACAGUCAUAAAGUUGCCUCCUCUGCACACUAUGAUCACAUUGAGACCUUUGUCUCUGUCCUGUUACCAUCUAGGAUUUGCAAGAUGCAAUGGCUCCACACAUGCAAGCUCAUUGGCGAUCUAGGCCAAGAUUUGAUGGUCUCAGAGGAGCAGCAAGGCAUCAUCAAGUCCUUCCUGGGAUAUCUAGUGACCUUGUCAGAAUUCAAGUUGUCCGAUAUACAGUCCAAUCUUUGGGAUUUAGGACCACAUCCUUCCUUGUGCCCUUUCUCCGAACUUCGUGCAUACUCACCUGGAUGCAAGCCACUCCACUUCAAAGCUGUCUUUGCAGAUUAUGUGGUAUACAAGCAGUGCUGCCAUGAGUUUAUGAAUCAACCACACAUGAGGGCUACAUUGCUGCAUGGCAGACUUAUUUGGCAGCUGGCUUUGCACAGUCUCGGCAUUGAUCACCUACCUUCAGUACUCGAUGGCAUUUCAUGGGAAGCAGUCCCAUUUGGUCUCAUGCUGUGUAGCAACGAUCAAAGUCACUUUGACAAUGCAUUGCUGGAGGAAGAAAUUGAAUUUAUUUGUGGAAUGUAUUACAUGAAUAAAAAUGAUGGAAGUGUAGAGAAAGUCUCUUGGUGGCCCAGACCACAGGCCUGGGCUGCGUCCAGCUUGAACAUUGGUUUUUGGUCUGCUCAAUGUGUUUCACACUUCCACAAUUCAGCUCCCAAUGAUGCUAAUGGGCCGUUGUCCGCCACUCAAUGGAAGCGGUCACUCAAAUUCAAUAACACUACCCUGAAGAUGAUGAAGAAUAUAGAUGUGGCAUGUUAUGAAUUCCUGUUAAACAAGGCACCUGUUUGGAUGGACUCAGAUGUGUAG